AUGGCCGAGGUCUCUGAACGCCGGAGCCUCGAGACGUUAGCUCGGCAGCUGUCCGACACCGUAAAGGGUUACGACGACCCUUCUGGAAACACGGGAUUGUAUACGCGCAAGAAGAUCAUCAAUAUUGCGAAAGAGAUCAUCGAGACGGUCAAAGAGCCCCAAGAGACCCCCUUCGAAUACGGGGUGAAGAUGGCUGAGAUGGGAGUGCUUCGACAAUUCAUGGAAAUGCAUGUCUUUGACAAGAUUCCUGAUGAAGGAAGCAUCUCUUAUAAGGCGCUCGCUGAGAUGAUUGGAGCGGAGGAGUCGCUAAUUACGCGGAUGGCUUGGAUGCUCGUUGCGACCGGCAUGUUGAAGCAGGUUGGCGAAGACCGUGUCGCGCAUUCAAGGUUUUCUAAAACCUACCUCAGCAGCAAUCCGCAGGGGAAAUGGUUCCAGAUCGUGUUCGACGCAGGGAUGGUUUCUUACUGUCACUGGCCGGAGUAUUUCCGAGCGUACGGCUAUAAAGAAUGCGUAAAUGACACCCACACGCCUCACUCCUGCGCGUGGCGCCAGCCGGAGAAGAACUUCUGGGAGGUUAUCAGUCAGGAUCCGCAGCGCUUCGCUGACUUCAACGCUUCUAUGGAGACUCUCGAUGAAGUACUUCCGGUAAUGGGCAUGUUCGACUUUUCCUGGAUCAUGCAAAAUGCGGGCCGCGUGGCGGAUGGUACUGCACUUAUGGUAGACGUCGGCGGCGGCAAAGGCCAGGCGCUCAGACAGAUUCUGAGAAAGCAUCGAGAGAUCCCUGCGUCGAGGCUAGUACUCCAGGACAGACCGGCCGUCAUCGAGCAGGUUAUACAGGCCGACGAACCGGAACUCAGAGGGGUAGAGAAGAUGGCGCAUGACUUUUUCGAAGAGCAGCCGGUCAAAGGUGCAUUGAUCUACUACCUCCGUCGCAUCAUGCAUGACUGGUCCGACGAGAAGUGCCGCAAGAUCUUGUCCAAUCUUGUUGAAGCAAUGGGCCCUCACUCGCGCAUUUUCAUUACAGAGCAGAUCUACCUGAAUCCGCCAACGGAAUUACCAGCGCAAAUGGACCUGAUCAUGCUAUCCUUAGGCGGAAAGGAACGGACGAAGCAGGAUUGGUAUGCACUUACGGCUCGCGUAGGGCUACACUUGGUGAAGUUUUGGGAAACGUCCGGAACAGAAGUUGCUGUGAUCGAGUGCGAGAAAGCUGCAGAAGGAAAGGGCGCGAUGCUGUGA